AAUGUAUAUCCCCAUGAAUGAGAUGCUUAAACAUUUUAAGCAAGAUGUUCCUACAAUGGCUAAUAUUACUCAUAAAAGUGAAUAAUGGAGUCCAUAUCAUGAUAAUUCAGGGACUGUAUUAGGUAAACACAUAAAUUAAUUUAAAAGCUGUGGGUAUUCCUGGAGCAGUCAUAGUAGCAGGAGAUACAAGAUUAAGCAAUGGAUACAAUAUAAUGUCAAGAGAUGCAACAAAAUUAUCUUAAUUGACAGAUAAAUGUGUAUUAGCUACAGCAGGUUAAUAUGCAGAUUUUAUUGCAUUGAGAAAAUUUCUAUAACAAAGAUUAUAAUUGUAUGAAUUUUAGAAUGAAGUUCAAGUAAGAAUAUAUUAUAAUUAUUAAAGGCUUCAACUGAGACUGUUGCUCAUUUAUUAUCAAGAGAAUUGUACUCUAGAAGAUUUUUCCCUUAUUAUACUUUCAAUUUAUUAGCUGGAUUAGAUGAAAAUAAUCAUGGAUUUGUUUAUGGAUAUGAUGCAAUUGGUAGUUAUGAUAAGAUGACUUAUGGUGUUUAAGGAAGUGGAUAAGAAUUAGUAGUAGCUGUAUUGGAUAAUUAAUUAAAAGGUUAUAAUAAAAUAAAUAAAACUAUUCCUUAAACAAGGGAGGAAAUAUUGGAUAUCAUUUUGGAUUGUUUCAGUUGUGCAGCUGAAAGAGAUAUUCAUACUGGAGAUAAUGUUGAAAUCUUGAUUAUCACAUCUGCUGGAACAGAAAGACUUAUAAAACCUCUUAGAAAAGAUUGAUU